GGCCUUUUCUCGCCAGUAGUCGCUGCUCUCGUUUACUCGGUGUCACAAGGUGGAAAAUUAGGAGAAAAAACAGUUAACGUCACACGUGUUUCCACAGACUAGUGAAUGGCCAUGAAGCUCUCUGCACUGGAGCAUGAACCACUCUGCCCCUGAAGAAUCGAAACAGAAAUGAGCGGUCGCCAUGAACGGAUCGAAAUGGAUUUGGCUGUAGGGUCGGCCAAACCUUAUGGAUCCUCUCGUAGUAUUGUGAGAAGGAUAGCAACCAGUCUCCCUCUAAAGCCUUGCCCAAGAGUACACUUCCAGCUUUAUCCAUACUCUAAAGAGGCUGGCGUCCUGAUCAGCGCCAGGCGAGAGACAAGUCUGGUGGCCUCACUGGCUGAUGUUGCCUGGAUAGACCGAGAUGAUGACGAUCAAGAGGAGGAUGACGACUACUACGACAGACCACGAUCUCGGCCGCCAGCUGGACUUGUGUUUCGAGCAUGUCAGCCGCGGAGGCAGGUCUUGUCCCGCCAGACGUCGCUGCCCAGCCUGCACCAGGGGCCUCCAGACCCUCAGGGCCACACCGUGGCCAACGAGGAGGCCAUUCAGAAGAUCAGCGCUCUGGAGAGUGAACUCGCCAAACUCCGAGCUCAGAUCGCUCAGAUUGUCCUGGCGCAAGAGCAGAGCUCACAGCCAGCCAAAACGGUACCGCCGCCCCCAGCACCAGCCUGUGGCAGCCUGGCGCCCCCACCUCCUCCACCCCCACCGCCACCACCACCUCCCCCUUUGAAUUUCCAGCGGACAUUUUCUGCCAUUGACCUCAUAAAGGAGCGCAAAGGGAAGAAGACGGAGCAGCAGACGGUGGUGGAGGUGAAGGCCGCUGACAUCCCCAACAUGCUGGACGUUCUGAAGGACAUGAGCAAAGUCAAGCUGCGCUCUGUGAAAGGUCGCUCAGUGGACGGUGAAGCCAAAGAGAAGCUGAAAGAGCCUGCAGACGCCGCAACACUAAUAGCUGAGGCACUGAAACGCAAGUUCGCUCAUCGCUACAGAAACAACAGCGUCCAUGAGGACGACUUCAAACUCCCUGACCAGGAAGUGAAACCACGCAGUCAAACCCCUUUGUUUGGACAGCACAUGCUAAAACCAACUGGCAAACGAAAGUUGGUGACGGCCAACAAACAAUGAACUCACCAGUGAAACCAAGUCCUGCAUCUCAGACCCGGACCUGCAGCUGCCUCCUCUUCUAUCAGCUGGUUCUGGAAGCACAAGGGAAUUUGCCGGAGUGCGACUUCCUCAAGCCAUUUCUCUGUUCAUUUGAAGACCAACCUGUUUGUUCUGCACUUUGCGUGUGUAUUGCACCCUCACCCUCAGACUUGAUACUGUACGAUAUUUAAUUGAAGAUCGUUCACUAGGUUUUUUUUUUUUUAUUAAGACUGACAGUUGAGUCUCUUCCACCACACAAGAGUUUUCUUUCUAUAGUUUUGUUAUUGUGUAGAGUAAUUUAUAAUGAGCAUGUAUUUAUGCUAGGAGAGUUUAAACUGUGGCAUUUUAUCUUGUGGAGAAAUCUUUUAGUAACUUUAUCUGUGGCUCCAAAUCCCAGUGGUGGAGGCACUUGCCAAAAUGUCUUGUGGCUCAUGUCAAGUGACCUCAGUUCUUGGACCAAAGUUCCGAAACUGUGAGGAAGCAUUUUGUUUUCAGUAGAUUUAAGUCACUUUUCUUUUACCAAAAAGCAGAAACCAUCUUGUCGCUGUGAAGCUGAAGUUGUGUUGGGACUCCGAGGAGUGGUGGACUGUUUUGUCAGUGUGUUUUUACGUAUGUUUUAAUCCUAUGUCAUGUUUCUAUGUUCCUGUGAAACGCCAAAUCAAUAAAUACCAU